AUGGGCGUCGCUCGGAAGCGGGCCUGCCAGGCGGCGCUGGAAGUCUGCUUCGGCCAGCUUGAGGAGAUCACGCCUUUCGCCCGAACUCUACUUGGAUGUACUGCUUGCGGUUGUUGCCUUUGUCUGACGUCGGCGAUCGGUUUUGGAGGUUUUCUGGACUUGACCCUGCAGGGCCUCCAUGAGAGAUGGCAGGAAGCCGAAUGCCAGGUGCUGGGACCAGGACGCAUGACCACCUUGGCAACGAAGUGCGAGGAGUUCGGCGUUGGCGGCUGCACGAGGUUGGGCGAGUAUCGAAACGUGCUCUCCAGCAUCUUUGUGAACUACUGCAGAAAUGCGGAAGACGGGGGUCUUUGCUUUGACGCACAGGCCGACCGAUGCGGCAGCGACUCUCCGAUUGACCUCCAAGAGGAUCGGCGCUUGCAGCUGUUGACAGAAAACCGAAGCAGGAUUCCUUGCUGGUACAACCGCCUGGAGGAGACAAGCGAUGCAGACCGGGACGGGGACGAGGAGGCCACGGAGGCCUUUUGCACGGCGCCCCCCAACGCGUCCACGUGCAGCUUCCAGAAGACCUCGCAGGCACGCUACACGCUGCGCUUGGAGGCGGAACCCUGCACGCCACGCCCUGCGAAAGGCAGCAUUGGCAUUUCGGUGCUCCUGGGCGGCCUGUUAUUGGGUGCGGAUCUUAGAACGUCGUUUCUUGUCGCUGUGGCAGUGGCCCAGUGGAGCGGCUCGCGGCGGCCGAGGCUUCUUGGCUUGUGGCUUAGCGUGCGCACUCCGUGCCAGGCCCACUGGCUAGGAAUCGCUCUCUGCACUCAGCGUGCACUCCGUGCCAGAGCUGUAGAGGCGGGAGCUGCUGACGGAUUACGAGGACGAGUUCACGGAACACUGAGCCGCAGAACCGAACCGAACUCCCAAAGUGACGUCACUGUGCACAUCUGUGCACAUCUGUGCGUCGGUGGCCUCUGUCUAACCGCGACUUGUGGCUUGCCUGGCUUGCGGUCCUUGCGGUCCCCCAAAGCAACGUGUCCGCGUGCCGAGCUGCCUCGGACCCCGAGUCAUGCCGAAAUCCGCGCCAUCCGAGCAGAGAGACUCAGCAGUUGCGGCGCCGCUGGGAAGACAAGAGGCCUCCGUUCGCAAGCGCACGGCACUGCGGUGGUGGCGCUCUCAUAG